GGGUAAUCACACCAUUGAGUCGGCCGAAUCCAACAUUACACACACAAACUGACGAACCAACUACCUUAGUGUUCUACCUAUUAACUCCAGCAUCACCUACCCGACGGAGCAUUGCCUAAAUGCGAAUCAUCGGGUAGAAUCUUCCUCCUCCCACGUCCAUAGCCCUCCAAGCUCUGACCCAAAUCUACCAACCACUGCCUCUCCCGUAUCCCGCCCCCUCGAGUCCGAUCCGAGUUACUCCCAGCCAUCCGACGCCACCAGGGCCGCUGUCAGCGUCGCCGCGAUUCACCACCAAAGACCACAUUUUCUACUCUGACGGCUGUACGCUCAAUGCCGUUGGCUGACGGGCUUUCCCUCGGCGCCUCGACCCGUAGGAGCGGAGAUUCAUGCGUCUUCGAGUUCCGUCUGCGCUCCUACCCCCCCGAUCGCGCGUCUAGUCCCAGUGAGUCUGCGGGUACAGUGGUUGGGAGAGGGAGGGUGCGUUGUCGAGGUCUGGCAUCGAGGGAAGAUGAGAUGUCGUGGGAUAACUAGCACCCCGCAACCCUAUCAGAGCAUCUAUGGCCUUGUCCAUAAUUUCUCUCUCUGGUAUGGCCCAAAGGCUUGCCUAGUGAUCCUUUUGGCCUUCUUCCCGGAGUUCUGGUUGACCAGGUUGGUGUUCGACACGUACAUCUAUCUGCCUACUCUGAAGAGGGCCGCGUUUUCCACAGAGAGACUCCCGCAACUAGCUACUACCCAGAUCACUGGGAAGCAGCCCCUGCAUCGAAACCGCGGUGGUCUUCCGGCUCGCGAACUGUCCGCUACUGAGUCUCGAUGCUGUACACUUGGUUCGACAGCACCAGCGCCGAUAGCAGUCGAACGCAUAUGGUCCAGGGAAUCUUCAGGCAGAGCCUGUGAUGAAAAUAAACGCUUGGUGGAGAGAUCAUCCCCGCGCUCAGUCGCGAUUCUCCAUAAACCAGGUCCCCGACAUCGUGGACACGCCAAUGGCCUCGGCGUAUUAGGCGCGACGGGUUUCGUAGCCCCCACACGCUGUAGGGUGCGUACCAAAGGCCGACAUGAUAUGGGACCCUUCCUUUCUCUACAUAUGUAUGUGGGAAUGUCAUCUGCCUCGUCUAAGUAAUAGGUAGGUAUUGCAUGUUCGUAGCAUAUGUACAACCAACAUACUGAUGUGUGCG